AUGCUGGAAAAGAAGACCACUUCAAAGAAGAAGCCUGUCAGUCAGGCACCACCUGCAGUAAUGCCGCCAGCGCCCGCAUCCACAUCCGCAUCAAAACCAGCAGCAGCAUCAUUGCCACCACCACCAGUAUCAGAAGAGAGUCUGGCAAAGCUCAUCACUCUCGCCACAUCAUCGCCGGACUCGCCAUUAGGCCUCAUUUGGGCGCACGCCUUUCGGGAAGGGUCAAGGGAUGGAUUUCAAAGGGGAACAGAGUUUUUCAAGGACAAGGAUGUGAAGCAGGCAUUUCGUGAUGGUGCAGAUGAAGGACAGAUAAUGGGAAUACUGAAUGAGAGGAAGGAAUGGGAGGCAGCAGGCCACAGCUUCUGGUGUUUUGACACAAAAACAGAUUGCUUCUCUUGCGAUGUAGGACUUCCUGAGGGACACACCUGCACUGCCAACAAGCUUGAUGCUAUGGUUCAGGUUGAUUCCAUUGAGGCUCGCCCACCUUCUCUUGACGCUGCUAUUCAGGUUUCCCCCUCACAUCACACUUCCUCAUCCCAGACCACUCUGCCUCUUCUUGUCAAUGCUGAAGCUCAAGCCCAGCUUAUGGAUUUGCCCCCUGCUGCCACCACUGCUCCUACCUUGGAUCCCCCAGCCUUUGAUUGGUCUGACAACGCCGCCUCCAUACCUAUUGUCCCCAUAUUCCCUAAAAACCAACCUCACUGUGACCUUUCUGCCCUCCGCACCACCAACCCCAACCCCUUCAGCUUGUUAGCCCAUCGGAAUCGCCGUUCUCGAUUGCCAUUGGGAAAGUGUGACAUUUCUGGGCCCCGGCCACCAUUCCAACCACGUCGAACCCCACCAUUCUUCCCUGUCUUUCAAACUGUUCCUCGUCAACGCUUCAUUCCAGUCUUGAACCUCACUGCACUGCCAUUGCCAUCAACCCCGUUGAAGAUUCCUAUGGCUCUUGAUUGGGAAUCUGAUCCACGCCUCUCAGAUUUGAGUCAAGCUUUAAAGGCACUUGGUUGGAUUCAUUGGUGA